UACAGGUCAUGACAGACAAGGGUACAUAUUUGUUGAUGUUGGAUGCCUGAAAAGUGAAUAUGUAUCUGUGGGAAGUCUGUCUCCUGCUGCAUUCCGGGUCCUACAGUUAUUUGUACAUGGCUGUUAUUGUGCAUCACUUGCUUUAAAGUUUACAACUAAGGAAGAACUUUCAAAAGCAAUGCACUUGCCAGAAUCUGUUGAUCCUUCAAGCUACAUUGAAAAUCAUCUUCAUGUGCACUGGUGUGCUUUGAAACGUUUGACUGCACUUGGUGAUUCUCAACUGUCAAAACUGUUGAACUUUAUCAUCAAGGAUUGCAUGCCCCUCAUUGCUAGACAUAAUGUUCAGUUUCAUAGCAGAGAUGAACGUGAAUCAUACGAGAAGGAAUUUACCACAUGUAUUGAUAAGAUCAUGGAGAAACGGUUCCAAAUUGUUCAGGAUGAAACAAAACAAUACCAUGCUAGACAUUCUGACAGCACUGCUUCAAGGCAUGAAUUACUCUUGGCUGAAAUACCUUGGGAUGAAGACAGAUUGGCAAAACUUCCAAGAUUAAUGAGAGAUCAUAUAAUUCCCACCACAGAGAACUUGCAAAGGGAAUUUCACAUUCUGAAGCAAGUGCAUGAAUUUCCCAUGAUGGCAUUGCUGUUUGAUAGACUGAAACACAUAUCACUUCUACAGCAUUUGAUCCCAAUUGUACAGUGGCAUAAGUGUGUCAUUAGAUUUGGUAGUCACAAGCUGACAAGAAUGAGCUGCAGGACUGUGACAGUUCAAGAUUUCAUUCAUACACAUCGACAGCAGCUCCUGAAUGCAGAUAGCAAGAAGGCAGAGUUGCAGAAGAAAUUUGACACUUUCAUGAAGUCUUGGAAUACAUUGAAAGAUCAUCAUGAUGAUCUGAAGACUUACAAUCAACAUUUGCCAGAAUUAAAGAGAAUUCAUCAAACCAUCUUACUUCAAGAUUGUUUAAUGAUGACAAAACAGUCUCCUAUGAUGCAGUUACUGUUGGCAUUGCAAGCUAUCCAGAAUGACUUUCUGUCAGACGCAGCAGCUUUGUGUUUGUCUACAAAUAGCUUAUCUAUAAGCUUUCUCAAAACGUCACCUGGGGUUGCAGUUGUACCUGAAGUGCAACUGCAACACCUCAAUUCCAAACAGGUUAUACCAGUGCCAGAUUUGACAAGUACUCUUAAAUUCUCACAGAUAAGCACAAAAUUUGGGCAUGGCAGAGAAAGACACUAUGACAUGUACCAAAUUGAAACACAGGUUGUUGAUGAGUGUGUACUGAGCAAGCCAGUGAUCAAAAUUGGAUCAAGUUUUCCAUUGAUAAACUUUGCUGGUGAAUCAUUGCAUAAAACAGAUGAAUUGUUUGAAAGUGUUUCAAGGACUGUUGGUCAUGAUCCUGUUGACAAAGAUUUGAAGAAUUCCAUUCUUCAAGUGAAAGAAAAAAGUCCAUCAAAUAUGCAAAUACUUUUAGAUUAUUUGCAAAUGACAUUUAGUUUACUGAACAGAACCCCAGUAUCUGGCAGUGACAAAAGUCAGUACUUGAGUGAAUUCCUACAAACAUGGCAGUCCUUGUUCCCAAACAGAGUAAAGGAAGUGGAUGGAUUAUGUAGUAGAAUUAGACUAUGUCAAAUCAUUUCUGUGUAUGAAUUCACAGAAGAUAUUGUGGCUGAUGUCAUUUUUGAUGGCCUCGAAGAAAAAUACAGGAGUGAACUACCGGAAGAAUGUUUAAAGCAGUUGAGUGCAUUGGUCAAGUGCUCUGGUUUCAAAUUUCAAGAAGCAUUAAUGUCUGCUUUGAAGAAGAUUGUAUUUCGGUAUAUCCAGUCAGGAUUUGCCAGCCAAGAUGAGAAACUGGCGCCCUUACUCAUGGAGAAAACUCUGUGGCCACAGGGAGUUUAUGAAGAUGCAGUUGCUAAAAGUAGUAAUGCAGAUGCUGGACUACUUCAUGAUGCGCACUGCAUUGAACACAUUCACUGUACCAUUGUCUUCAUCGCUGAAAGUGUUCAGGAACUGAAAAUGAAGGAGGAGAAGAGAUCAUCACGGUUUUAUCCUGUACCAAAGCAGAUGGAGAAGAAACAACAACGUAAGAAAGUGCGCUUUCGGAAGAAGUAAUAAAGACUGGUUCACAGAAACUGAAGACAAAGGAUAGAAGACAGGUGUUUGUGCAUGAAAUGAGUUGAAUAACUUAUGAAAAGAAAUUGGAGCUAUGUUUGUAAUGAGGCACAUCUUCAUCAUAGACUGAGUUUGAGUGUGUUAUAAUUUGUUUUAUGAUUAAUGCAUCUAUAGCAUUACUUAUGUAUAUUACAUGUAUUUCUUAUGCAUAUCACGUUUCAUUUCUCUAUGUACUUAUAUUACUAUUGAUAAUGAAACUUGAAACCUAAAAUGAUAUAAGUAUUUGGUGUCUAUGUUGUCGGUAAUUAACUGAACUGUAUGUAAUAUGCUUAUGUUUGUGC